AUGAGUAGCCCUCGCAGACGUAUCGAGACUGAUGUCAUGAAGUACUUACUCAGCCCGCCGUGCACGCUCAUGAGCGACUAUGAGGUCACCCUUGUUAAUGACAACACGCCCUUCGAGAACGGCAUCUGGAAAAUCCACGUGGAGCUGCCCGACCAAUACCCCUACAAGUCCCCGAGCAUCGGCUUCGUGAACCGAAUCUACCACCCCAACAUCGAUGAGCUGUCGGGCUCCGUAUGCUUGGAUGUCAUCAACCAGACGUGGUCGCCCAUGUUCGACAUGAUCAACAUCUUCGAAGUCUUUCUGCCCCAGCUCCUUCGGUACCCGAACCCGGCCGACCCCCUGAACGGCGAGGCCGCCGCUCUGCUCAUGAGAGAUUCCAAGAGUUACGACGCCAAAGUCAAAGAAUACGUGACGAAGUACGCAAGCAAAGAUGCCGCCGAUGACGCAGGCGCCGAGAGCGAGGACGAUGACGACAUGUCGUCGGUCGCCAGCUUCGGCGACGAGGACGAGGAACCAGCAGGACAGAUGGACGACGUAUGA